AUUUGUACAUUGGACUAUACACCAGUAUGUGGGUAUGAUGGUACUAAAUACAAGACAUAUGGCAACCGAUGCGCCUUAGAUGCUGCCAUUUGUGAAUCUGAAGGAAAAGCUAGAUUCAUAGCACCUGGUGAAUGUCCUAGUGCUGAUGAUACUGCAGUGGAGUUCACAUGUAAAGUAGGAGCACCAUUACUAAGAAACCCAGAAAGUGGAGAGACUAUAUUUUGUGUGACAGAACCAGAAGAACAAGGAUGCCCUGAUCAGUAUUACUGUGUUAACAACCCUCUAAGUGAGACUUUACCUGGAUUCUGCUGUCCGAAAGAAACCAUAGAACCUGUUGUGGAACCCAAACCAAAUGGGGUUGUUCCUCUGGAAUUAGCCUGUAGAAAUGGCCAGCCAUUGCGUGAUCCAAUGGGUGCAAUGAUGGUUUUCUGUGGCCGAGGACCUGAUAGACAGGAUUGUCCUGCAGACCACUUCUGUAAUGUUGCAGCUGAUGAUUCAUAUGCAGUCUGCUGUCCUUUAGCUGAUUGUGGUUUCCCAGAUGUCCCUUCCAAGACAGAUUCAGGUACUGUGAUAGUGGGAGCAGCCUGUACUGUAUUUGGUUGCGUUGCUCAAUAUACAUGUAACCCAGGCUUCCAGGUUGACGGUCAAACAGUUCGUACAUGUAUGGAUAAUGGGAAAUGGUCUGGAGAAGCUCCUAUUUGUAAACCUGCUGGCAAUGCUGGAAAGGAUAGAACAAUUUGUCGUCAACCUAAAUUUCCAGGUGAUUGCCGAGGUUAUUUCCCAAGGUGGUAUUAUGAUUCACAAGCAUCACGUUGUCAGCAGUUUAUUUAUGGGGGUUGUAAUGCUAAUGAUAACAACUUUGGGAGCCGAUAUGACUGUGAAGAAGCAUGUGUCAAUGUCGAUGUUAAAGAAAAUGAAUCUGUACGCCCAGUUCUCAUUCCAAUUAGUGGGUCAGAAGAGGAAAGCAGUAAUGACAUAUGUUCACAACCUAAAGAAAUAGGACGUUGUAGAAGCUACUUCCCAAGAUGGUACUUCAAUACAGAAACUAAGAAAUGUGAAGAGUUUGGAUAUGGGGGAUGUGGUGCUAAUGAAAAUAACUUUGACACAAUCGAGGCAUGUAUCCAGACAUGUGCAAAAACAGGGACAAAAGAAGAUUUGCCAACAAUCAAUCGUGAGGAGUAUGAUGAAAUUAAUAAUAAGCCAGUAGAUGAGAUUGAACAAGCUCGAAGGCCAAAUGAAGAAUUUCCAGGUGUAGGUGAAAGCAAUGUGAACCUUAGUAAACCAGAUCUUGAUCCAUGUUCUCUGCCUAAAUUACCAGGAAAGUGUAAGGGCUACUUUGAGAGAUGGUAUUUUGAUGCCAACACAUUUACAUGCAAGAUGUUCGUAUAUGGAGGAUGUGGCGCAAAUGGAAAUAAUUUUGAAAGCCUGGGUGCUUGUAGACAGACGUGCAAUCCAAUAAGAGAUUCAAAAGAGGUUCUUCCUGCUCUCUCCUGGGAGGAAUUAAUUGAGAUAAACAAAUUAGAAAAAGAACUUUUCCCAGACCAGACUCUUGGAAGCAAACCUGACCUUGGAAGCGAACCUGACCUUGAAUCAGAUGGUGCCAGCGAACCUAACCUCAGCAUACCACAAGGAAUACCAAGUGUGAUAUUAGUCCCAACAGAACAAAAUGUUAUGGAGGGCACGCCUGCUAGUUUCUUAUGUCAGUCACCUAGCAACCACAACCCAAAUAUUUCUUGGCUGAGAAAUGGCCGGAAAAUCGGAACUAAGUCAGGAUAUAUCAUACAAGAGAUGCCAUUCGGAUCUGUCUUGAGAAUAGAAUUCACAAGAGCUGCUGAUAGAGAAUUCACAUGUGUGGAUGACGAUUUACCUGAAGACGAGGCUGCAAAAGCAGUAGGGACAUUGACAGUAUACAAAUUUCAAGAAGGCGCUCCAACUGGUUACCCUCGUAUCACAGUUCAUCCACGGCUCAAGGCAGUUGAGAAAGGACAAUCUACCGUCAUGACGUGUAACGCUGAUGGUUAUCCUGAACCAACCAUUAGUUGGUUUAAGAAUUUAGUUCCAGUAGAUAUGACUGACCCAAGGUUCACCUUACUCUCAACUGGCCAUAUACAAAUUACCGAAGUUGAAUCUGAGGAUCAGGGAAAGUACGAGUGCUCUGCAAGCAAUGAAAAGGGAAUUUCGUAUUCACAACCUGCUGUCCUUUAUGUUAGAGUUCGUCGUGUACCACCUUACUUCACCAUCAAACCAGUAGAUGUUAGAGUAGAAAAAGGUGGAGAUGUAAGCAUCGACUGUGUAGCGUCCGGUUCCCCAAUGCCAUAUGUGAAAUGGUUCAAAGGUGAUAUUCAAUUGACACCUGAGUUUGAAGUCCAAUUAGGACGCAAUGUACUUACAAUGACCGAUGCACAAGAGGAUGCCACAGUCAGAUGUGUCGCUGAAUCUGAGCUUGGUAGAGCAGAAGCAAAUGCAAGAAUUACCAUUUUGAAAGGCACCAAGGAAGAUCUUCCUGAUAUAACCUGGGAAGCGUAUGACAGAAUAAACAGUCAGCCUCUCCCUGAGCAGGCUCGUCAACCAAUUGUAAGAAGGCCAGAUGUGGGAUCAAAUGGUGCCAGUGCCCCUGACCUCAGUGUUCCAGAGCAAAGUGGGGCUGUGUUUGCAAAUACACCUACAAAGAUAACAGGCAUUGUUGGAAGAUCUGUUGUAUUGCCAUGUACCAUUCAUAGUCACGCUAAACAUCAGGUCAUGUGGCUGAAUCGCUACAACGUUGUCCUGACAGUUGGGAAUAGGCGCAUUAUAGAUGAUCCAAGGAUUAGUGUCCAACAGGAAGGUGAUAAGUGGGACCUGAAAAUCUCAGGCUUAGAUAG